GUCCCUUUAAGAGCCUCAUCCUGACAGCAGCAGCAGCAGCAGCAGCAUCCUCCUCCUCUGUCACGGACACGGGCAGACCCAUCCUCCCCUCUCUCGUUUACGCACUCGUUUCGGCUCUCGGUAACCUCCAUCUUACAUCGACAUUAAUGCCUUUUACCGCCGCGUCACCGUAGCGCGCUCUACCGUUCCUCCUUCCUCUUUCCUCCUUCCCGCAUCCGAGACCUGACCGACCCGCUGAACUCCUCCCCCCCCCUCCCAAGAUGGCUGAGUUGAAUCUGGGCAAGGGUCUGACCGCGGGGAAAGUCGCCAGUAACGUGCAAAAGAAGCUGACCAGAGCGCAAGAAAAGGUUCUCCAAAAGCUUGGCAAGGCCGACGAGACCAAAGAUGAAGCCUUCGAGGAGUGGGUGGUCAACUUCAACAAACAAUAUACAGAAGGCAGUAAACUCCAGCGGGACCUGCGGGCAUACCUGGAGGCAGUCAAAGCCAUGCACGAGUCGUCCAAGAACAUCCAGUCGUGUCUGGCCGACAUGUACGAGCCCGAGUGGAAGGGCCACAGGAAGGUGGAGUCCAUUGUGGAGGACUGUGAUGUGCUGUGGGAGGACUACCAUCAGAAACUGGUGGACCACGCCCUCAUCUCCAUGGACACUUACCUGGGACAGUUCCCCGACAUCAAGGCUCGUAUUGCCAAAAGAGACAGAAAGCUGGUCGACUAUGACAGCGCCAGACAUAACUACGCUGCCACACACAAGACCAAGAAAAAGGACGGGGGCAUCAAACUCACCAAGCCAUCCACCCUGCUGGAAAGAGCCACCCCCGGUUGGGCUCAGGGAAUCCUGUCUGCUCACAAUGUGGCCCAGAGCAGCUUGUCCAGGAGUCAGGCUGAGGAGGAGCUGGAGAGAGCCCAGAAGGUGUUUGAGGAGAUCAACCUGGACCUGCAGGAGGAGCUGCCUUCACUUUGGAACAGUCGUGUGGGAUUCUACGUCAGCACCUUCCAGAGCCUGGCCGCGUUUGAGGAGAAGUUCCAUCACGAGAUGAGCCGGUUGGACCAGGACCUGCACGACGUUUUGGUGAAACUGGAGAACACAGACACAAGCAGCAGGACAGAUAACCGUGGCGCAGCAUCGUCAGGACCUAACAGGAGUGGCAAAGAAGCGUCGAACCACACGCUCAGGCCAGGCGGACCACCACCCAUCCCCAAGUCUCCUUCCAAGCUAAAGCCAGCAAUGCCUCCUCCUCCAAAGGUCACCCCGUCUAAAGAGAUGAAGACAGAAAACAUCAUUAACCUGUUUGACUCUGCCAACAAUCCAGACAUCAACGUCACAUCUCCUACAGAGUUUAGUACACCUGUAGCCAGCAGCCUGUUGGACAUCGACCUGGACUCGUUCAGUGCAGCGGCGCAGUCUGUCUCCAGUGUGGCACAGCAGGCAAACUGGGAUUCCUGGACUGACGAGGGCGCUGCUGAGGAAGAGGAGGAGCCCGUGAGGCAACAUUACGACCCAAUAGCCGCCGCUCAAGAGGGCUGGGGCGACGACGGCACUCAGCCCAUCCGGUACGACCCAAUCGCGGCUGCCCAGGAGGGGUGGGGCGAUGACGGGACCCAGCCUGUGCGCUACGACCCGCUGCCUGCUGCUCAGGGCAGCUGGGACCAGGAGGACAACCAGGACGCGCAGUACGACGAAGAGGGCAACUAUGAGCAGGAGGCCCCUCAUGAGGAAGAGGCUGUGGGGCAGGAGGAGUGGGGCGAUGAGGGAGCGGAGCCAACCACUGACGAGGCUGCCCCCAUAACUCAGGAGGAAGAGCCUGAGAAACCGUUGGAGGAACCAUGUGUGGAACCUCCAGAAGCUGAGGAGGAGGCUGCCACAGAGGCUAACCCAGAGGCUAACCCAGAGGCUAACCCAGAGGCUAACCCAGAGCCAGAAGAGGCAGCCCCCACAGUGGAUGUGGAGGAGGGUCAGAGUGACUCGGGAGCAGCUGCCACUUCACCAGAGGCCCCACCUGCAGCACCAGAGGAGGAGCCCGCAGCACCAGCACCCGUUGCAGAAGAACCCACAGAGGCGACCCCAGCAGCAGAACCAACAGACCUGCCCCCGGGCUUCCUGUUUAAGGUGGAGGUGAUGCACGACUACGCUGCCAAUGACACAGACGAGCUGGACAUGAAAGCCGGAGAUGUGGUGUUGGUCAUCCCCUUCGACAAUCCAGACGAACAGGAUGACGGCUGGCUCAUGGGGGUCAAGCAACAGGACUGGCAGCAGAACAGAGAGAGUGCCGCCAAAGGGGUGUUCCCAGAAAACUUCACCCAGCGCCUGUGAGGGAGAGAGGGAGACAGAGAGAGGGACCACCCCUAACCUCCUCCUGUCCUCCGCUUGUCCUCC